CUGCUUGGCGCAAGUUCAACUCCAUGCCGGCGGGGAAUCUUCCCAUUGUCCCAGCGCACCAGCGCUUAGCAGAAGAAGGCAAUGGCAAUGGCCGAAUUGGCCAUCAGAUUCUCGCUGCCGCCUUCGAGUCGUUCUCACUGUCGCCGGCAGUCUCGCCUGCUGGCAUUCCGGCGGACGCCGGCCUUCCAUUGACAGUUAAGAACACUUUUAUAGAUGUGGCAGAUGAGGAGUCUCCAGACUCUAUGACUUCCUUCCAUGAUGGGGCCAAGACAUGCACUGCCCGCAUGUCGGACACUGCUUCUCCUGCAAGAUUUUUCGUGUCUCAUGAAAGUGGCCCUGGCAGGGACGAGGAACAUCAGGAUGCAACAGGAAGUUCUUUGAUGUGUCCCAAUGCGCCACCAUCACCAGCGUCCCCAACAGAAGAAGAUCAGGGAGACCCACCUCCACCUCCUCAGAUCAGCCCCUCUCAUCUUGGGCGGCAGCUCCUGGGUUUGGCGCUCAACGCCCCUGAAAACAUACAACAUCCACCCUCAGAAGGUUCUCGGCUACACGGGCUUUUCGAUGAGGAAGGGCUCCCAGCAUGCCAGCCAUGCGCAUGGUUCCACAAGAAGCCAAGUGGAUGUAUAAACGGUCAAGCGUGCAAACGCUGCCACCUUUGCCCAGAAGGAGAGCCGAAACUAAGAAAAAAACAGAAAGUUGCCCGUUUGCGCCAGCAACAGGCUGAAGCGGCAAAUCGGGAAGCUGUUCAAGCGCAGGCCCAAGCACAAGCGCAAGCUCAAGCUCAAGCCCAAGCGCAAGCUCGAGCGCAAGCUCAAGCGCAGGUGCAAGCGCAAGCGCAGGUGCAAGCGCAGGCGCAAGCGCAAGCGCAGGCGCAAGCGCAGGCGCAAGCACAGGCGCAAGCGCAGGCGCAAGCGCAGGCGCAAGCAGCACAGGCAGCUGCUCAGGGCGUGCAGGGCCAAGACGCGUCCGCGAGAGCUGCUGAUGCAACUAGAGGUGCCCCAACAUCGACGUCCCAGGGCCAGGGUGUGGUCAUUCAAGGUGGUCAAGUGAUGGCACUCCCUGGCUCUCCGGGUGGAAUGGUGGCAGUCCCAAUUCAUCAGGCUUUGGGCUGCGCUGUGUCAGCGCAAAUGUAUCCAGUGACAAUGGCUCCAUACCCUAUGCUUCCAGCAGGGGGGACCGUAUUGAUGCAGUUGCCUGGCCCACCAUUGACUCAGAUUCCUCAAGCAGCUGUGACGCAAGCUGCAAACUAUAAGCUGGAGGCGCCGCAACUGGUCCAUGGCUCACAGCAGAGAAGUCCAAGCCCGCGGUGGGCGGACAUGGGUGCUGAUGAUCCAUAA